AUGAUGGACGCGCACACGGUUCAGACCGCCAUGGCGGCUUUCGAGCAGCACCGCAUCGCCAUCCUCGCGCUCGCCUCGAUUGCCUCGCACCACCUCGUCUUCCGCCACCUCGAGCUAUGGCCCAUCCAACUCGCCCUGCUCUCCACGCUUCUCGUCACCGCCGACACCUCUCUUCGUCACUCCACCUCCACUCCCCUCAUCGCCGCAGCCAAAGCAUCCCUCGUCGACCUGUCCAUCUUUACCGCCUUCACCACGACCAGCAUCGGCGCUUACCGGCUCUUCUUCCACCGUCUCAGUCGCUUCCCAGGCCCCACCUCAUGGAGCCUCUCAAAGAUCACCUUCAUCCCUACGGACGUUGCUGGCAUGCGACCACGGGUCAUCGAUGAUGCACAUCGCAAGUACGGCGACGUUGUCCGAACCGGACCGCGAGAGCUGUCGAUCAAUGCCACGACGGCCGUGACGGCGAUCAUGGGCGCCAAGAGCAGCUUCUGGCGCGGACCUUGGUACGUCAGCACCGCGGGGAGUCGAAGCCCGCACAUCCCGCGAAACCUGCACAGCGCGGUGAUCGAAUCCAACCACUCGGCCCGUCGCAAGAUCUGGGACGCCGCGUUCAGCGCCAAAGCGCUCAAAGGCUACGAAAGCAUCCUGGUCGACAACAUGGACCUCAUGGUCAACCAGCUCGAAGCACGAGCUCAGCGAGGCGAACGGGUGAAUAUCGACGACUACUGCAGCUUCUACUCGUUCGACGUCAUGUCCCAGGCCGGCUUUGGCGGCGACUUUGGCCUGCUCCAAAAGGGCCAGCUGAGCCCGAUGAUCCAGGCGCUCGAAGACUUUAUGCAGUUCGUUCAGCUCGUCGGCAACGUCCCCUACCUGAUCGACAUCCUGGGUGCCAUGCCGAACCCCAUUGCCGAGUUCGACAAGUACAUGGCCAAGAUCGUCUCGGAACGCAAGGCGCGCAACGAAGCGGUACCGGAUAUCAUGAGCCACUUGCUACACGAGGUCGAAACCAAGGGCAGCACCGACCGGAUGGACAAGGAAGCCACCGCCGAUGCGCGUCUCAUCGUCGUCGCGGGCAGCGACACUUCGUCCACCACCAUGGGUAUCGCCACAUUCUUCCUCAUGGAAAACCCCUCGAUCCUAGCGCGACUGCGACAGGAGCUGCUCGACGUCUUCGGCGACGACCCCAGCCUACUCACCGACUUUACCCGCCUCGACGACAAAACGUGCCCGCUCCUCAACGCUGUCAUCAACGAGGCGCUGCGCAUCUAUCCGCCCGUGCAGGCGGGCUUGCAGCGCCAGAGUAGGCAGGCCAACGUGGUGGAUGUCAACGGUACACCCACCGUGAUCCCCGCCAACACCAUCGUCACGCUGCCCAUCUGGUCCAUCCAACGCGAUCCAAGGAACUUUGCCCCGCAUCCGCUCAAGUUCCGACCCGACCGUUGGCUAAAGCCUGAACACGAGGAGCGCUUCAACAAGGCGGCCUUUAUGCCGUUUUCGUACGGCAAGACCUCGUGCGUCGGCAAGGUGCUGGCGUAUAUGGAACUGAGGCUUGUCAUUGCCAACCUCGUACGUCGCUUCGACUUUGUCCCCACCCAAGCCUACAACGCCGCCAAGUUCGAGGCCGGCUUGGUCGAUGCGUUCGUCACCAGGCGCAUUCAUAAGCUGCCCGUCACCGUUCAAGUGCGCACCUCGGUAGCCUAA